CUCUGUGCUGCUGUAGGUAUAAAAUCAAACUCCUGUCAGUGAGACGGUGAGACUGUCUCACUCAUACCCCAUUGCAGGUACGCAGUGAGAGGGCUGAAGGGAUCUUCAGACUAUUUUCCUGGCAAAAAUCCCGAUUCCAAAGCAAAAUGCGUGAGUGCAUCUCUGUCCACGUCGGCCAGGCCGGCGUCCAGAUGGGGAACACCUGCUGGGAGCUGUACUGUCUAGAACACGGUAUCCAGCCCGACGGCCAGAUGCCCAGCCACAAACCAGUGGGCGGCCAUGAUGACUCCUUCACUACCUUCUUCAGUGAGACUGGAGCUGGCAAAUACGUGCCACGUGCCAUCUUUGUAGACCUUGAGCCAACUGUCAUUGACGAGGUCCGCACAGGCACCUAUCGUCAGCUGUUUCAUCCCGAGCAGCUCAUUUCAGGCAAAGAGGAUGCAGCGAAUAACUACGCCCGUGGGCACUACACCAUCGGCAAGGAGAUCAUUGACUCCGUACUGGACCGCAUACGCAAACUGGCUGACCAGUGCACAGGGCUGCAAGGUUUCCUGGUCUUCCACAGCUUCGGUGGAGGCACGGGCUCAGGCUUCACCUCCCUUCUGAUGGAGCGCCUCUCUGUCGACUUCGGGAAGAAGUCCAAGCUGGAGUUUGCCAUUUAUCCGGCUCCACAGGUGUCUACGGCCGUGGUGGAGCCGUACAACUCCAUCCUGACCACUCACACCACCCUGGAGCACUCCGACUGUGCCUUCAUGGUGGACAACGAGGCCAUCUACGACAUCUGCAGGAGGAACCUGGACAUCGAGCGCCCGUCCUACACCAACCUCAACCGGCUCAUCAGCCAGAUCGUUUCCUCCAUCACCGCCUCUCUGCGCUUCGACGGCGCCUUGAACGUCGACUUGACGGAGUUCCAGACCAACCUGGUGCCCUACCCUCGUAUCCACUUCCCCCUGGCCACGUACGCUCCGGUCAUCUCCGCCGAGAAGGCCUACCACGAGCAGCUCUCGGUGGCUGAGAUCACCAACUCGUGUUUCGAGCCCAGCAACCAGAUGGUGAAGUGCGAUCCUCGGCACGGGAAGUACAUGGCCUGCUGUUUGCUGUACAGGGGGGACGUGGUGCCAAAAGACGUCAACGUCGCCAUCGCAGCCAUCAAGACCAAAAGAAGCAUCCAGUUUGUGGACUGGUGUCCCACCGGCUUCAAGGUGGGCAUCAACUAUCAGCCCCCGACGGUGGUUCCCGGAGGAGACCUGGCCAAGGUGCAGCGAGCCGUGUGCAUGCUGAGCAACACCACGGCCAUCGCUGAGGCCUGGGCUCGCCUGGACCACAAGUUUGACCUGAUGUAUGCCAAGAGAGCCUUCGUGCACUGGUACGUGGGAGAAGGCAUGGAAGAGGGAGAGUUCUCUGAGGCCAGAGAAGACAUGGCAGCUCUGGAGAAGGAUUACGAAGAAGUGGGCAUCGAUUCAUUUGAAGAGGAUGAGGAGGGGGAAGAGUUCUAAAGGGAAAGUGUUGUUCUUUUUUUUUUCUACCAAAUAAAAAGCCAAAUAAAAGAAAGAUUUUAA